UCCUGUUACAUGAGAGAUGCCGAAAGAUGUCUACUCCAACCCUAUGAGUCACAUUUACAGUUAAUCGUAUGGUAAAAUUUUGAUUGGAAUGGACUGUCGGUAAAAACUAUUGCUCACUCCGGCUCGUCUAAGUUUAGAAAUAAUGCCCCCUUAAAAUCCUGCCGUCAGGCUCGCUAAGCACUGAAAAAAAAAAUCGAACUGAACAAGUUGAAAACGAACAUGUGGGUUCCUUUGGAGUUGCGAGCCAGUUCACGAGAUCCCUAGAGCGCUAUAUUUUCCUGUUUGGAGCCCUGCUUUUUUACAAACCGAGCACCGCGCGGCGAAGAUACCUGAUCACGUGAAGAAAAUGCCACGAUUUUCUGCCCCGAGCGACUGUGAAUCUUUUGCUUUUAAUAUUAGAAUUCAACUUUCCGGCCUCUUUCCGCAAAAUCUAUUUCCCAGUCCAUUCCCGUGUUCUUUCCACUAGCCAUCGUUUUACCCCUUUUUCCAUCAACUGACAUUCGAUCUAUUUAAUUAAUAUAACAUCUGUUUACUUUUUAACUUCAAAAAACGUUCUUAAUCGACGUCAAAUUGAGAAUGCGUUUUUCUCUCCUUUGCUUUUACAAACACAAAGGACGGUGAAUAAGACAAUGAAAAGAUCAAAGGAAAGCUAAAUACUUCACUUAAACGAAACUUCCAAAGAGAUCUUCCUAUUGGUCUCCGUGGACACCGUUUACUCACCAAAUGAAUUGCAUUUGUAGGGAUUAGAUUAAGCAUAAAUUAUUCAUCAAGGUACUAAAACGGUGUGUAGUUGACGAAGUUUUGUUGCGGUCUCGUUUAUAGGACGCGGUCAUCACUCAGCUCACACCAUGGAUGUCACGAGCCUUUCCAAGCUCGACGUGUUCAAGUAGGCACAGUACGGCGCUAACCGAGCGGGUGAAAGAAAUGAACUCCAGAACACUACUUUUGGAGUCUAGCAACUGCAACAAGUUAUGGCUUCAAGCUUUGUUUGUUUUGUCCUUACUAACUACACGAUCAGAAGCCGGUGCUAUUACUGUGGGAUUUUUAUUACCCUACAACGUGUCGGCUAAUGUUUCUGGCGCUUCUGUACUAUCGGCGAAUGAAUACGCCUCGGCGUUGCCUUUGGCAGUUGAAACGGUCAACAAUGACUCAUCGUUGCUUCCUGCGCAUCAAAUAACAUUUGUGUGGAAUGAUACACAGUGCGACGAAGAAAUUUCUGUUAAAGCGAUGCUUUAUCAGUUGGAGAAAGGGGUGCAAGUCUUUAUUGGGCCUGGAUGUACUUGUGAGACACAAGCAAAGCUGGCGGCAGCCGCAAACGUCCCGAUGGUUUCAUAUAUGUGCACAGAUGAGAGGCUUUCGGAUAAAACGCUUUACCCGACUUUUUCACGCACAAUCCCACCUAUCAGCGGACUCGUCCCACCUUUGCAUGCUCUAAUGAAACAUUUCAACUGGACUCGUAUUGGGCUUCUUGCUCAAACCACUCAACCAUGGUCUCAAUGGAAUGCGUUAGAAAAGGGCUUAAGAGAUGGAGGCUUAGUCGUGGGCAUCGUUCGGACGAUGACAUUUGGUGUCCAUUACAACGCCACCAGCUUGGUGCCUGAAUUUGAGGAACUUCUUCGCAGUACAGCAAACGAGUCACGAGUUAUCAUUCUAGCCAUGCGUUACGCCUAUGCGCUCCAGGCCUUGAACUUCGCCGCAAAACUUGGUUUGAACGACGGUCACUUUGCAUUCAUCGUGUUCGACUUGGAUUUGGACCUCGCGGGAAAUACCAAGAAAAAUAUCACAUUGACGUGGGGAGAAGAUCCAGAAAACCGGACUGCUCUGGCCUUUCAAUCGGCUCUGCUUAUUUCCGUCAACAACAGUGUAAGCACGGAAUACUUGAAUUUCACUGAAAAUGUGAAAAAGAAGAGUGCGACUUCUCCUUUUUACACAACCGUGCAUCCGGGACACACGCCCCCCAUAGAGGCGGCCUACUUGUAUGAUGCUGUGAUUCAAUACGCUGCUGCUUUGAAUAAGACGUUAAAUAAGGGCGGCAAAGUUUCCGAUGGAGAGGAAAUCACGCAGAAUCUGAUGGGCCACUUCUUUAACAGUAUACUAGGUUACGAUCGUUAUAUUAACGCUGUCGGAGACGCAGAGUUCAACUUGGUUUUGAUGGAUUAUAGAGAAAGUAAUAACGGAAUGUUUCAGCAAGUUGGAAACUUUGUUGUUAACAGUGCAGGAAAUCACAAACUUGUGUUAGAUGACUCAAUCAUUUGGCCCAAUGACGCGUCUGCACCUUCCUCGGAUGUACUGAAGUGUUGGUCCUGUGACGAACAUUGUUAUAACGAGGGAAAUUUGACCAUCGGGCUGAUCCUUCCGUACAGCCGCUCGGCUGGCGGAGGGCGAGGUAUCCAAGGCAUUCAUUACGCUUCUGCCAUAACUAUCGCGGUGGACAACAUCAAUAAAGAUCCAAAUCUUCUGCCUGGAAUUCGCCUCAGCUUCAUUUGGGACGAUUCUGAGUGCAUAGAAGAGAAGUCAAUCCAAGCGUUCAUAAGUCAAUGGCAGAGGAAAGUGGAUGGUUUUAUUGGGUUUGGUUGCAAUUGUCACACACAAGCUCGACUGGCUGCGGCCUUGAAUUUGCCUAUGGUCUCUCAUCUGUGUACAUCGGACGAGGUUUCCAACAAAGAGCUUUAUCCAACCUUCGCAAGGACAAUCUUUGACGAUAACAGUAUUGCUCCAUCGGUGUUGGCGAUACUGGACCAUUUCGACUGGAACCUGGUGGGAAUUAUCAGCGAAAACGAGGAGGGCUGGGAACGAAGAGGAGACUUUCUGGAUUCGUUCUUGACAUCUCAAGGAAAAACCGUGUCAAUGCAUGGGAAGGUUCAGUAUGUUUUAUUGUACCACAAGAAACAAGAGUACAGCGAACAUUAUGAAGAAGUCUUGAGGCAAAUGAAGGACAAAGCUAGAAUCAUCAUAUUCGCCAUGGAACGGCGCCUGGUGCGUGAGGGAAUGUACUACGCAUCUAAACUAGGAAUGAACAAUGGAGAUUACGCGUUCAUCGCUUUCGAACUGGAUCCAGUCCUGGUUGAGAGAUAUGUAGGAAGUCCAGAGAAAUGGUUUCGUGGGCAGUAUCAGGCAACAAAGACUCUAAACGAUGAAGAGAAGAAGGAAUUUAACAAGGCCUAUAAAUCAAUGCUGGUCAUGGUCUCCAACAUUCAGCAGAUUGGAAAAUAUAACAACUUUACUACUGAAAUGAAGCACAGGAUGUCGCAGCCUCCUUUCUGCAGUGAUGCCUACGUUGGAUUCAAUAUAUUUAAUAACGUCUCAGUUCCUAAAUUUAUCAGACCGGCCCCAAUAGAGACGGCCUUCCUGUAUGAUGCAACAUAUCUGUAUGCUAUUGGAGUCAACAAGACACUUGCUGAGGGAAAAAGCGCUACAGAUGGCAGAGCAGUGAUGAAAAAUAUUUAUGGGCAUGUGUAUUCCAGUAUUCGCGGCUUUGAUAUUUUGCUUGAUAAAAACGGAGAUGUUCAACACAAUCUUACUGUGAUGGCCUUCGAUGACGACACUGGUGAUCUCCACUUUGACAACAAGGGGAUGUUUAGUAUAGAGGCGAAAAUUAACAUGACUCAGAUAAAAUUCCAGCUGUAUCCUAAUGCCACCAUCUUGUGGAUAAAAGGAGCACCGCCGGCUGAUGCCCCCGAGUGCGGGUUUGAAAACGAGAAGUGCGUUGAGGAGGCGACUCCAAAGUUAACGGUGGCAGAGAUCGUCUCUAUCUGUCUUGGCUGUGUUGUUGUCGUCAUUCUGUUUGUUGGAGCCAUCUUUUAUAGGAAGCAGAAGCUUGAAAAGGAAUUAGCGAGUAAUUUAUGGCGAGUGAAUUACAGCGAAAUAUCCCUACGGACCAAAGGAAGACAGCCAGGAUCGCUACGAAGCCAGGUUAGCUUGAUUUCCGCUGAGAGCUAUGAUAACCUGAAUCAACGCCAACUCUUCACAUUGGUUGGUUAUUGGAGGUCCAAUACAGUUGCUAUAAAGAGGGUCGACAAGAGAAACAUUGAACUCACAAGGGAGAUUAGAAUGGAGCUUAAACAGAUGCGCGAUGUCCGUCAUGACAACUUGGCGCAGUUUAUGGGGGCAUGCGUGGACAAUCCCAACAUCUGCAUUUUGUUCCAGUACUGUCCAAAAGGCAGCUUACAGGAUAUUCUUGAAAACGAGGAUGUUAAACUGGACACCAUGUUUGUGACGUCACUAGUAACGGACAUUGUUAAGGGAAUGGCUUAUCUUCACAGUACAGAAAUAAAAUCGCACGGGAAUCUGAAAUCGUCAAACUGUGUGGUGGAUGGCCGCUGGGUGCUGAAGAUUACAGAUUACGGGCUCACUAAGUUCAAAGCAAAUCAGGCUGAGAGAGAAGAAGGGGAUUACGCCAGAUUUUAUCGCAUGGUAUGGACAGCACCCGAAAUAUUGCGCUUGGCGAAAGAACAGCAGGGUCACGGGACACAGAAAGGCGAUGUUUACAGCUUUGCCAUUAUAUGCCAGGAGAUGCUGACUCGCUCGGGUCCUUUCGAUAUGUCCUACUACCAUACCGAACCAAAAGAAAUUGUCCAGCGAGUGAUGAUGCAGGAGUACCCUCCUUUUCGUCCAAAGCUUAGCAACAUCGCGAAACAGUACGAUGUCCCUGGCUUGGUACAAAUAACGGAAAAAUGUUGGAAUGAGCAGCCCGAAGCUAGACCUGAGUUUGAGGAUUUAAAGCGACAAAUCCGAAAGAUGUCUGUUGGAAGGCAAACGAACAUAAUGGACAACAUGGUGAAUAUGUUGGAAAAGUACGCGAACAACCUUGAAAGCUUAGUGGAGGAAAGAACAUCACAAUUGGCAGAGGAAAAACGAAAAACUGACAAUUUGCUACACAGAAUGCUUCCUCCAUCCGUUGCACGUGAUCUGGUUCAAGGAAAAAGCGUUGUGCCUGAAAACUUCGACGAGGUAUCGAUUUUCUUUAGUGAUAUCGUCGGGUUUACCUCUUUGUCUUCGGAAAGCACGCCUUUCCAGGUUGUUGAACUUUUAAAUGAUUUGUACACUUUGUUUGAUGACAUCAUUGGUAACUAUGACGUAUACAAGGUGGAGACAAUUGGUGACGCUUACAUGGUUGUGUCAGGGCUGCCAAUCAGAAACGGUCAUCAACACGCUGGGGAGAUAGCCAGCAUGGCGCUACACAUGCGCACAGAGAUAUAUAACUUCAAAAUACGUCAUAGACCAACAGAACAGCUAAAGCUUAGGAUCGGAAUGCAUAGCGGUCCUGUCGUUGCUGGGGUGGUUGGUAACACGAUGCCUCGAUACUGUUUGUUUGGUGACACGGUCAAUACCGCUUCAAGAAUGGAAUCUAACGGAGAAGCACUUAAGAUUCACAUAAGCCCAGAGACCAAGAAACUCCUGGAGCGUCUUGGAGGCUACCACAUUCAGACAAGAGGAGAAGUCUUCCUCAAGGGUAAAGGUACUUGGAUCACAUUCUGGCUUGAAGGAUCAGACAUGGCGCCUAGAACUCAUGGACUAAAUAAAGACAAACUCAAAUCACCGCAACUAAGCAAGCGACGUCAGAGUCGAGGUUGGAAAAUUGUUAAGGAACUACUUCCGAGACUUGCUAAGCAGUCCACGAACGGUGUCCUUUCACCUGUAAAGACGCGUGCCUCACCAAAGCGGUACGUCCAGCUUCCGCCAAUAACAUCAUGAAGUUUCAUCCGGGACAACUAGAAGGCAUAAUUUACCACUCGUGUCCAGUCUAGGCCUUGUCAACACGUCGCCGGUCAUACAGUUCCACUCAAUACGGUAGUGAAUAAAGUUUGUGUGUUAAAAUACAAGCUCGGUGGAAUGUCUCCGCGAAUGCAACGGAUUAUUUCCAUAUGAUGAACAGAGAAAAAGAAGAUAUUUCAACCUCAUUGGUAACUCCCUUAGAGAGCGGAUUUAGACCUGAUGCCUAGUUCUACUGAGGCAUACCGUGACGUACCGUAAUCUGCCGGUAAAGAUUUUCUAGCGGUUAAAGACAAACGUGCAAGAGCUAGAACGUGAUCGAUCAGGAGAAUGGAUCUCACAGGGGGAGAAACUGUGCCUGGCUAACACAAGCGUGUCAUACAUACACUUCACGCGCGAAAAUUCGCGCUCCACUUUUCUCGAAUGAGUGCGGAUACACGUAACAAUUUGAAAACGUUAGUUUUUUCUGCCCUUGUUGCUUAUUGUUUAUACAAGAACUGUGAAAUCUAAAUACUUCAGUUCCAGUGCAAUCAUAUUCAAUAACAUUAGACACUUCAUUCUCAUCGUAGAGAAAGUAGAAAAAUUCAAAUUAUGCCGCAAACACUGAAAUCUCUAAGGCAAUUCGGAUCACUGAAUUAUUCAGGUUUUCGGUGCCUUUUGUUCCAACAGGUAAACGAGGAGCCACUUAAGAGUCCCUGUCCAUAAAUACGGAAAAUAACUCGGCAAGGGUCGAAAAUUCGA